UGACAUCUGAUUCAUUCAAUCCCUCCCUCUCCCUUGCUUCUGUACCGGUUCAUAAACAGCUCUGCUUGUACCAUUUAGAAUCCCAUUCUUUGUUAUUUAAAGGAAAAAUCUAAAUCCUAAAGCUCAGAGACCUAAGAUAUAGGAUGCAUCACUCUCUAUGCCUGCCUUGUGCUUCAUAACCAAGAUCCCACUGUCUGAACAUUAACAAGGUUGAUGAGACAUUUCCUCCAAUAAAGGCCUCCAUUUUGUGUGGACGGCUUCCAUUUUGCACACUAUUCCCAUCAGCUGAAUAACUGCAACCAUGAGUAGCCCUUUAUCACCAACGGAUUAUGACAGUCUCGAAAUUCAGCAGCAGUACAAUGAUAUUAAUAACCGGUGGGAUUUGACUGAUGAUGAUUGGGACAACGAAAACAGUUCUGCGCGCCUUUUUGAAAGAUCUCGGAUCAAGGCGUUAGCAGAUGAACGUGAGGCUGUUCAAAAGAAAACCUUUACAAAAUGGGUCAAUUCUCACCUGGCAAGGGUGACAUGUCGGAUUUCUGAUCUUUAUAAUGACUUACGGGAUGGACGGAUGCUGAUCCGACUGUUGGAGGUGCUGUCUGGCGAGCAGCUGCCCAAACCCACUAAGGGCCGCAUGCGCAUCCACUGCCUGGAAAAUGUAGACAAAGCCCUGCAAUUCUUGAAGGAGCAGAAGGUCCACCUGGAGAACAUGGGGUCACAUGACAUUGUGGAUGGCAACCACAGACUGACUUUAGGAUUGAUCUGGACAAUAAUCCUCAGGUUCCAGAUUCAAGAUAUCAGUGUGGAGACCGAAGAUAACAAGGAAAAGAAGUCUGCUAAGGAUGCCUUAUUGCUCUGGUGUCAAAUGAAGACUGCAGGGUAUCCAAAUGUCAAUGUUCACAACUUUACUACAAGCUGGCGAGAUGGACUUGCAUUCAAUGCUAUCGUACACAAGCACAGGCCAGACAUCAUUGAAUUUGACACACUAAAGAAGUCCAAUGCUCACCACAACCUCCAGAAUGCGUUCAAUGUUGCGGAGAGGGAGUUGGGUCUCACUAAACUUCUGGAUCCUGAAGAUGUAAAUGUGGACCAGCCAGAUGAGAAAUCGAUCAUUACGUACGUGGCCACAUUUUAUCACUAUUUCUCCAAGAUGAAGGCCUUGGCUGUGGAGGGGAAGCGAAUUGGCAAGGUACUCGACCAGGCCAUCGAAGCCGAUCAGCUUGUUGAGAAUUAUGAGCGACUGGCGACUGAACUCUUGCAGUGGAUUGAGCAGACAAUAAUUACUCUUAAUGAUCGCAAACUGGCAAAUUCUUUGAGUGGGGUUCAGAAUCAGCUUCAAGCGUUCAACACCUAUCGAACUGUCGAGAAGCCUCCCAAAUUCACGGAAAAGGGAAAUUUGGAAGUUCUCCUGUUCACCAUCCAGAGUAAAAUGAGAGCAAACAAUCAAAAAGUUUAUACUCCCAGAGAGGGAAAACUUAUAUCUGAUAUAAACAAGGCUUGGGAACGUUUGGAAAAAGCAGAACAUGAGAGGGAACUUGCACUCCGCAACGAGCUGAUUCGCCAGGAAAAACUGGAGCAGUUGGCUGCUAGGUUUGACCGUAAAGCUGCAAUGAGAGAGACUUGGCUGAGUGAGAACCAACGCCUUGUCUCCCAGGAUAACUUUGGUGUGGACCUAGCUGCUGUGGAGGCUGCGGUGAGGAAGCAUGAAGCCAUUGAAACAGACAUUGUGGCAUACAGCGAGCGCGUACAAGCAGUGAAUGCUGUUGCAGAUGAACUCGAGGCAGAGAAUUACCAUGACAUUCGAAGGGUGCUGGCUCGCAAAAGUAAUGUGACCCGAUUAUGGGAUUAUCUAAGGGAGCUUGUGGCUGCCAGAAGACAGAGACUUCUAAUGAACCUGGAACUUCAGAGAAUGUUCCAAGAUCUGCUGUAUCUUAUGGACUGGACUGAUGAUAUGAAGGCCCGUCUACAGUCUGAAGACUAUGGCAAACAUCUUCAUGGGGUUGAAGACCUACUACAAACACACAACUUGGUGGAGGCAGACGUCACUGUUCAGGCAGAACGUGUUAAGUCGGUUGCAAGUGUGGCACAGAAAUUUAUGACUGAUGGUGAAGGUUACAAACCAUGUGAUCCAGAGAUGGUGAAAACCCGUGUCCUUCUCUUGGAGCAACGAUAUGCAGAGCUGUGCGAUCUCUGUGCUGCCAGACGGGCCAAGCUGGAGAAAUCUCUUCGUCUCUGGAAAUUCUUCUGGGAUAUGGGAGAGGAAGAAGCUUGGAUCCGUGAACAGUCUCGAAUUCUGCUGUCAGAUGAUUAUGGCAAAGAUCUCACCAGUUCCUUGAGGCUGAUAAGUAAACAUAAUGCUUUCCGUGAUGAAAUGAGUGGACGCCACGGGCCAUUGCAACAGACAGUGGCAGAAGGCGAGGAACUGGUCUCUCAGGGCCACUUUGGAGCUGGAGAAAUUAAGGAAAAGAUUGCUGAUGUGAGUGGUCAGUGGAAGGAACUAGAAGCUUUAGCCGAAGAUAGAGAAAAGAGAUUAAGAGAGGCUUACAGUUACUACCAGUUUCAAGCGGAUGCCAAUGAUGCAGAGGCCUGGCUUCUUGAUACAUUACGUCUGGUUUCAACCAGUGAUGUGGGCCAUGAUGAAUACUCAACACAAACACUGAUUAAAAAGCAUAAGGAUGUUGAAGAAGAGAUUCUGAAUCAUCGUCCAGCAAUUGAUGCCCUGCACGAACAAGCCCGCAGCCUACCACCAUCUUAUGCUCACUCACCAGAAGUUGAUGGACGUCUUCCAGCAUUGGAGCAGCGUUUUGACGAACUGGUAGCUCUGGCUUCCCACCGUAAACAAGCUCUUUUAGAUUCCCUGGCACUUCAUAAAAUGUUCAGUGAGGCUGAUGCUUGUAUAUUGUGGAUUGAUGAGAAGGAGCAGUGGUUAAAUGGUAUGGAAAUUCCAGACAAGCUUGAAGAUCUAGAAGUGGUUCAGCAAAGAUUUGAGACACUGGAAGCAGAAAUGAAUAACUUGGCAUCCAGAGUGGCGUCUGUAAAUGAAGUGGCUGGACAGUUAUUGAGUAUAGAUCAGAGAAAUGAAGAUAGUAUUCGGAAAACACAGGAUCAGCUAAAUGCUCGUUGGAAUCAGUUUCGUCAGCUUGUUGGUCAAAAGAAGAAUGCUCUUGAUUCUGCCCUGGAUAUUCAGAAUUACCAUCUUGAAUGCAAUGAAACAGUAUGUUGGAUGAGGGAAAAGACUAAGGUCAUUGAGUCCACUCAGAGCCUGGGAAAUGACUUAGCAGGUGUUACUGCCCUCCAGCGCAAGCUUACUGGCAUGGAGCGUGACUUGAAGGCUAUUCAGGGUAAGGUUGGAGACCUUCAAGAAGAGGCAGAGAAGCUAGCAUCUGAGCAUCCUCACAGAGCAUCUGCCAUUAAAAGCCGGUUGUCAGAGAUUGAUGAGACCUGGGGGGAACUGAAGGAUACCAUGAAAAGACGAGAGGAAACUUUGGGGGAAGCAAGCAAGCUGCAAGGCUUUCUGCGUGACUUGGAUGAUUUCCAAAGCUGGCUUUCACGGGCACAGACAGCAGUUGCCUCUGAGGAUGUUCCAGCUGACUUAGUAGAAGCAGAACGCCUUCUGGCACAACAUGAAGGCAUAAGGAAUGAGAUUGAGAAUUAUGGAGCUGAUUAUCGAAGAGUAAGGGAAGUUGGUGAAGAAGUGACACAUGGGCAAACAGAUGCACAGUACAUGUUCCUUCAACAGAGGCUUAAGGCACUCGACACUGGUUGGAAUGAGCUUGGGCAGAUGUGGGAGAACAGACAUCAGCUUCUCUCCCAAGGCUACAGCUUCCAGGUGUUCCUGAGGGAUGCAAAACAAGUAGAAGGCUUUCUCAAUAACCAGGAGUAUGUCCUAUCCCAUACGGAAAUGCCUAGCACUCUCCAGGCAGCCGAAGCUGCAAUCAAACGUCAUGAAGACUUUAUGACCACCAUGGAUGCUAAUGAAGAGAAGAUCCAGAACCUAGUGGACUCUGGAAGGAAGCUGAUACAAGAACAGAAUAUCAAUUCUGAGAAGAUUCAAGAGAAGGUCACUUCAAUUGAUGACAGACAUAAAAAGAACAGAGAAGCUGCCAAUGAUGUUUUGAAUCGCUUGAAGGACAAUCGUGAUCUUCAGCACUUUAUGCAGGACUGCCAAGAGCUAACUCUGUGGAUCAAUGAAAAGAUGCUCACAGCUCAGGAUGUCUCAUAUGAUGAAGCUCGAAAUCUGCAUAGCAAAUGGCAGAAGCAUCAGGCUUUCAUGGCUGAGCUAGCAUCAAAUAAAGAUUGGCUAGACAAGAUUGACAAGGAAGGGCAUCAGCUCAUGGCCGAAAAGCCAGAGCUUGAACCUGUGGUGAGAGAGAAGUUGGACUCUCUUCAUUGCCUGUGGGACGAUCUGGAAUCCACCACCCAAAGUAAAGCACAAUGUCUGUUUGAUGCCAAUAGGGCAGAACUUUUCACUCAGAGCUGUUCUGCUCUGGAAAGUUGGUUGCAAAAUCUAGAUGAGCAGCUACAAUCCGAUGAUUAUGGGAAAGAUCUCACUAGUGUUAACAUUCUACUGAACAAACAGCAGAUGCUGGAGAACCAGAUGGAAAUAAGAGAGAAGGAGCUAGAGGCUAUUCAGACUCAAGCACAGGCCUUGGGACAGGAAGAUGCCAACAUCGUGGAGGUUGAUUCCAAGCACAAGACUGUUGCGGAUAAAUUCUCCACCUUACGUGCACCUCUCAACGACAGGAGGAAUUUGCUUCUAGCAUCCAAGGAAGGACAUCAGUUUAACAGGGACCUUGAGGAUGAAAUACUUUGGGUCAAGGAAAGGAUGCCAAUGGCUGUUUCAACUGAGCAUGGAAAAGACCUUCCUACAGUGCAGCUUCUUAUAAAAAAGAAUCAGACAUUACAGAAGGAGCUCCAAGGACACCAGCCUCGAAUCGAUGACAUCUUAGAACGGGGAAAGACGACGGUUAAGAACAAUGUGCUAGAUGCACAGGAGAUAAGAGAGAGGUUAGACUUGUUAAAGAGCACAUGGGACGAGUUGGGAGCAGAGGCUGCAAAGCGCCAUGCUCGUCUUGAAGACUCUCAGGCUGCUCAACAGUUUUAUGCAGAUGCUGCUGAAGCUGAAGCUUGGAUGGGUGAACAGGAGCUUCACAUGAUGUCUGAAGAAAAGGCCAAGGAUGAGAUAGGUGCGCAGGCUAUGCUUAAGAAACAUCUAGUGAUGGAGCAGGCACUUGAUGACUAUGCAGAAACUAUCCAUCAACUCGCCAAUUCUAGUCGGGAUAUGGUUUCUAGGGGUCAUCCGGAGAGCGAUCGUAUCACCAUGCGUCAAGGGCAGGUGGACAAGCUGUAUGCCAGCUUGAAGGACCUGGCAGAGGAGAGGCAAGGAAAGCUGCAAGAGCACCAGAGACUCUGUCAGCUUAAGAGGGAUGUGGAGGACCUCGAGCACUGGAUCUCUGAGCGUGAGGUGGUGGCAGCUUCCCAUGAAUUGGGACAGGACUAUGAGCAUGUAACGAUGUUGAGAGACAAAUUCCGAGAAUUCUCCCGUGAUACCAGUAAUAUUGGUCAGGAGCGCGUUGAUGGUGUGAACCUCAUGGCAGAUGAGCUUAUUUCCUCUGGCCACUCGGAGAAUGCCACUGUUGCAGAAUGGAAGGAUGCUCUUAAUGAAGCCUGGGCUGACCUUUUAGAGAUGAUCGACACAAGAAGCCAGAUGCUGGCAGCUUCCUAUGAGCUCCACCGUUUCUACCAGGAUGCCCGUGAGACCCUGGGCCAGAUCCAGGACAAGCAGAAGCUGAUGCCAGAUGAGACUGGCAGAGACCUUAAUACUGCGGAAGCAAUGCAGCGCAUGCACACUACUUUUGAACAUGACAUUCAAGCACUUAGUGCACAAGUGAAGCAGGUCCAGGAAGAUGCCUCUCGUCUGCAGAAAGCGUACGCAGGUGAAAAAGCUGCAGAUAUCCAUCGUCAUGAGCAGGCAGUGACAGAGGCAUGGGGGGAACUGCAGAAUGCUAGCAGCGCCAGGCGGCAGCUUCUUCUCGACACAGUGGAGAAAUUCCGUUUUUUCAGGAUGGUUCGAGAUCUUAUGCUCUGGAUGGAUGAUAUCAACCUUCAGAUUGAUGCUCAAGAAAAGCCACGUGAUGUAUCGUCAGCUGAUCUGGUCAUCAAGAAUCACCAAGGCAUCAAGGCAGAAGUUGAUGCCCGAGCAGACAGUUUUACUACAUGUAUAGAUCUUGGCAACUCUCUCCUAGAGAAAAAUCACUAUGCCUCAGAUAAGAUAUCAGAGAAACUAGAACAGCUGCAGGAAAGAAGGCAGGAGACUGAGAAUAAAUGGAAGGAUAAAAUGGAAUGGUUGCAGAUUGUCCUAGAAGUGUUGAUGUUUGGAAGAGAUGCUAAUGUGGCCGAAGCUUGGCUCUCCAGUCAGGAACCCAUCGUCCGAUCUUCAGAACUUGGGGGGAAUGUAGAUGAGGUGGAGAGCCUGAUCAAGAGGCAUGAAGCCUUCCAGAAGUCUGUGGCAACUUGGGAUGAGAGAAUCUUGCUUCUGGAAAAGCUCACCAUGUUGGAAGAAAAGGAAAUGCGACGGCGCCGCGAAGAAGAAGAGAGGAAAAGAAGACCGCCAACCCCACCUCAGCCUGAAGAGGAUGAGGAUAAUUUACAAACUCAAAUCAAACAGUCUACUGAAGACCAAACCAUUCUUGCUAACAUUCUAAAUGAAAGGCUUCAGAAUCCUUCCCAGGAACAGGUGUCGGUAAAUGGCCUGUAUAUGGAUUCAGUUUCAGAAUCGCCACAGCCGUCAACUGAUACACGGAAGUUUGACGACAGCUUAUCUGAAUACCAGGUAGGGGCUAGAGGUUUUGACCAAGCAGAUAUUACCAAUGGGGCCAAAGCAGAUGUUACGGGCAAGGAUGGGAGCCCACCACCCUCACCGCAGCUUCAGGAGAGGCCAACUUUCUCCCCAAUCAACAUCCAGUCGUCCACUUUGCCAAUCAGCAUACCAGAACCUCUCGCUUCAGAGCAAAUGGAGGGGAUGUUGCAUCGUAAGCAGGAAAUGGAGUCCCACAACAAAAAAGCUGCAAACAGAUCUUGGCAGAAUGUCUAUUGUGUUUUGAAGAAAGGCAGCCUUGGUUUCUACAAAGACGCUAAGAGUGCAGGCAGUGGGAUUCCGUAUCACAGCGAGGUUCCUAUCCCACUGGCUGGUGCUCAGUGCAGCGUGGCCCAUGACUACAAGAAGCGCAAGAAUGUCUUCAAGCUCAGCCUAUCUGAUGGCAAGGAAUACCUUUUCCAAGCAAAGGAUGAGGCCGAGAUGAGCAGUUGGAUGCGAGUGAUCAAUGCUUCGCUGCCUUCAUCUCCUGGAGAUCCCUCAGAUCGCUCCCCAGGGCUUCCUAAGAGCAUGAUACGCUCUAUGACAAUGCCACCGGUGUCGCCCAACAGUGCCAUGGAAGGACAAGUCACGCUACGCAGCAAGGAAGGAAAAGAGAAAGACAGAGAAAAGAGGUUUAGUUUCUUUAAGAAGAAGUAAAUUGCUUGAUGGUCAUCAAGAAAACAUUGUGUUUCAGAUCUUCACUGCUGAUCAGACCCUGUGAAUCCAACAGAAUGGGACCUGUGGGAAAGGGAGGAGGGGACUAGAGUGGUUGUAUGGCAUUUUAUAUAUAAUUAUACAUAAUGUGCACCUCCAGUGACAAACAGACAUUGAGACCCUAUGAGUGCAACGUAGCUGGUGUAUUGUCGGGGCAAGCUCCUCUUGCACUGAAAAGUUGAGCUGGAGUUGGCUUCUGGGGCCCUUGUAAUGAGGCAUAUAAGCCAUUCAUGAGGGGGUUGUUUAUUACGUCAUUCUCUUUUCUUCUAAGUGGGGUCUUUCAUUGUUAUGCGCAUGUCCAGUCAUAGUCUCUAACAUGACAUCUGGCGUCAGAGACCUAUUCAACAUUAGAAGCAUAUAAUGGAGAUGCAAUAAACUGAAAGAACUCGGCUAUAUGACUUCUCUCACUGAUGCUUUCAAAUAUCCUGAUUAUUUCCCAUUAUUUUAUCUUUAUGUUGCACAGAGUACUAUAUACUUUUUCAAAAAGCAAAAAUAAGAAAAAAUGAAUUCAAAUAAAGGUUCUCUCUGACUUGA